AUGGCGAGAAAGUCUAUAACACCGGCACAAAAAGAAGCUUUGGUAGAAUUUAUGGAAAACCACCCCGAUCUAAGGAAAGGAAAGUUUUCCAUAAAUUUCACAACAGCUAUAGCAAAAAAAAUGUGGGUGGAAUGCCAAACUAUGUUGAACAGCAUACCCGGACCGUCCAAAGAAUGGCAUGAAUGGCGAAAAGUAAUAAUUGAUACUUAA